UUCUUUAGUGUCUUUAAUCAUUUAAAAGAAAGAAAGUCUUUGCUUGGGGGAGUCUAUGGGAAAGGAAAAGGUUUAUAUCUACCUCAUCUCAUCAACGGUUUUCACUGAGUUCUGCCCUGCUCAGUAGAUUCUGCUCCAGCCCCCUAGAAAGCAGAAGAGCCAGGCAGGCUACAGCCAGGGCCAGGACGGAGAAGAGAAACCUCACUUGGAUCUACUACUUUAAAAGGGUAUGUGAAACUUCAGAUCAGACAUACCUUUGAAGAAUUAGGAAUCAGAGCAAGUGUGAAGAACAAGCAGCUUUGAGGUGCUUCCCCGGAGCUGAAUGAAAUGGAGCUGAGGGAAACUAAACUCCAAAUCAGCGGGGAAGAUGGUUAUUCCAAUUUUGCUUUUGAGGGGGAAGAUAUCAAGGACCAGAGUGGGUCAGGAAGAUCUUCACUAAGAAAUCGUAAUGAAUACAAUGGGGAUAGUAUACAUACUCAGCAGGGAGAAGAACAUCUCACUAUUGAACAAGAUUUCCCCAAACAGAAAAGAAGCAUGGAAGAAAGUGAAUUAACAUAUAUGAAAGGGUACCUGGAAAAGAAAUAUGAUGCGACUUGUGACUUCUUUAGGAAGCAUAAAAUUGUGGUCCAAUAUAUCAUCUAUGGCAUUUUAUUAGCAGGCUAUUUGGCUCUAGUGAUUGCAGCCUGUGUGGUAAACUUUUAUAGAGCCCUCCCACUUUUUGUUCUCACGGUUGUUGCCAUUUCCUUUGUUAUUUGGGACUACUUGAUAGCCAAAUAUGAAGAUCAGAUUGCAAGGUUCUUGUCUCCUGGUGGCAAAGUCUUAAACAAACAUUGGUUCUGGUUGAAGUGGCUAAUGUGGAUCUUGCUGAUUAUAGCAGUCAUCUGUUGGCUAAUUUUUGACACAGCCAAACAGGGAACCCAGCCUUUGGUGUCCUUUGGUGGCCUUGUAUUAUAUGUUCUCCUGAUGUUUAUAUUUUCUAAGCAUCCAACUAAAGUAAGUACUAAGGAAAUCUUCACAUUCAUUUUAAUCUCUUAUCAGAUCAUGUUUGAAGUUUUCAAUGUUGAUCACUGCAGUUUAAGGAGGAUAUCAGUCUUGCCAAUAGUGGUCUUCUUCAGCACAGUGAUAUCCAUGCUUUACUACAUUGGAUUCAUGCAGUGGCUCAUUAGAAAGGUUGGAUGGUUAAUGCAAGUUACCCUGGGAUCAUCUCCUAUUGAAUCUGUGGUUGCUGCUGGUAAUAUAUUUGUGGGACAGACCGAGUCUCCGCUUCUGGUCCGACCCUAUUUAUCACAUCUCACCAAGUCUGAGCUCCAUGCAAUCAUGACUGCAGGAUUUUCAACCAUUGCUGGGAGUGUCUUGGGUGCAUAUAUUUCUUUUGGAGUUUCAGCCUCACAUUUGUUAACUGCUUCGGUGAUGUCUGCCCCUGCCUCUCUGGCUACUGCUAAAUUAUUUUGGCCUGAGACUGAAAUUCCUAAAAUAACUCUCAAGUCUGCCUUGAAAAUGGAAAAAGGGGACUCAAGAAAUCUCCUGGAAGCAGCAAGCCAUGGAGCCUCUUCUUCUAUCUCCCUGGUGGCAAACAUCACUGUGAACAUGAUUGCCUUCCUGGCACUCCUAGCUUUUGUGGAUUCGGCCCUUUCCUGGCUAGGGAACAUGUUCGACUAUCCUCAGCUGAGUUUUGAGGUGAUUUGCUCCUAUGUUUUCAUGCCUUUUUCUUUCAUGAUGGGAGUUGACUGGGAAGACAGCUUUAUGGUUGGCGGACUAAUAGGAUAUAAGACUUUCUUCAAUGAAUUCGUAGCCUUCCAACAACUUGCAAAAAUGAUCAAGUUACGAAAACUAGCUGGACCCAAAUUUAUAGAUGGCGUGCAACAAUACAUAUCUGUUCGCUCUGAAACUAUUGCCACCUAUGCCCUUUGUGGCUUUGCCAACCUCGUUUCUCUGGGAGUAGUGAUUGGAGGACUCACAUCCAUGGCUCCUUCCAGGAAGGGGGACAUCGCCGGAGGGGCUUUCCGGGCCCUGGUCGCUGGUAAUGUAGCCAGCUUCAUGACAGCCUGUAUCGCUGGCAUACUCUCCAGCCUUCCCAUGGAGAUAGAUUGCUAUAGUCUUUUAGAAAAUGCCUUUAACUCAAGCUCCCCUAGCAACACAACCGAGCUAGUUACCUGUUGCCAAAAUCUAUUUACCAGCACUGUCGCCAAGAACUACAGUGACAUUUUACCAGGAAGCUUAUCUACCUUGAAUAACUGCUGUCUGAUGCUAAAUUCAACUACAUUUAACUGUGAUUGGGUUACUACCUCAUUCUGAGCUUAGCCUCUUCCCCACAUGGUCCCUGGCAUCGGCUUCAAUCAAUUUGAAAAGGAACGAUAUGAAAAUGAACUAUGUGGUUACACUUCUUUACUGGGGUAAGGAAGAGUUGUGGGGGGAUAUCGACUAUUAUUCCUAAAUUAACUUUUCCAUCAUGGAGUCAGCAUGAACUGGAAGAAAAGAGAAAAGAAUAAGUAUGACCCAUCAAAAACUAUCCACUCUCCCUGUCCCUUAUCCAUCUCCAACAAGGACACAAGACUAUCCUAAUACCCUGAUGGGAUCUUCUCUUUAUUCCCUUUGCUGGCAAUUGGCUUUGGUAUGCCAGAACAUUUCUUCUGAACACAGGCAUUAAUAAAUUCACCGACAAAAAGAACUCUGCUCACCAGCCACUCACUUGGCAUCCUGAACUGGAGGUCCAAAGAGACCCAUUGGAACAAGCAUCAGUUACAGACCAUCCUCAAUUCACUGGGGAUCUUUUGAAAGAGAACAUUUAAUCAGACCUUAGAAAGCUCCAAUGCAAGUGUCAAUUAUAAGCCAGACAACUCUCUGGCUCUUUCAGAAAGAAGCAGUGUCUCUCCCAUCCCCAAGGAGGUGCAAAAUGUUACCUAGAAAUAAGAGUAAAAUGUCCAUUUCACUCUCUGAUUCUGAAGAGGCACAAUUUGAAAAACACAAACCAAGAGAAAGAUCUGCUACCAUGGUGAAGUCCACACUACAUUAUUCCUUACCUAUGGUUUUGAAAUAAAACCUCCUUUGAGCUAUAAUACCCUGGAAACAUGGGUAAAGCCUCUGUGCUUUAGCUUUGCCAACUGCAAAAAGGGAAAACUACCAGUUCCAGUCUACCUCACAAAAUUUCGGGGGCCAUCCUGAUGACUAAUAGGUAGAAUUCCUGAGGUUCUUAGACAACAGGACAUGAUUACUUUGUAGACCAGCAUUUGAGAUAUUUAUUAAAGUCUUAUAUUCAUGUUACUCACUAAUAGAAAUUCACAGGGGAAACAUAGGAACAUCAGUUUGGGAAUCAUCCUAGCCAGAGCAGGAUACAGUGGAACAAUAACAAUCGAUCAGGGUUCCCUGUGCAUCAUUUCCACUAUUGUCAGUUGUCUUCUAGACCCUGAAGCCAGAUUAGUUUGAAUCCUACAAGUGUGUAGAGACUUGAUAGGGUUGGGAGAUUUUUAAAUUCCGUUUCUUUCUUUAUAACCCCUCAAAUGUUUGUGAAAUCGAACAACUUUGUACACCACAAGCUAAAAAUAAUUAAAAAUAUAUAAAAUA